CUUCCGGUUCGGUGACGGUUGCCAAGGCAGCUGGAACUAGGCCUGUGUUGCCAUGGAGACGACGGCAACGGCCCUCUGAAGUAGCGACUCCGAUGAGGACGGGAAGCGAAUAAAAACAAAACAAAAAAGCCGGGCAGGAUGUUUGUCUACCUGAGCAAAAAGAUUACAAUUCCUGGUAAUGUUAGACUAAGAUCUAUUUCUUGGAGCAAGGACCAAGGCUAUAUAGCUUGUGGUGGCGAAGAUGGGCUACUAAAAGUUUUGAAAUUAGAGACAAAAACAGAGGAAGCCAAAUUAAAGGGACUCGCAGCACCUAGCAAUCUUUCAAUGAAUCAAACACUUGAAGGCCACACUGGUGCCGUGCAAGUAGUGACUUGGAAUGAACAGUAUCAGAAAUUAACUAGCAGUGAUGAGCAUGGGCUCAUCAUUGUUUGGAUGCUGUAUAAAGGAUUUUGGUAUGAGGAGAUGAUCAACAAUAGAAAUAAAUCUGUUGUUCGCAGUAUGAGAUGGAACGCUGAUGGGCAGAAAAUUUGCAUUAUAUAUGAAGAUGGUGCUGUAAUUGUUGGUUCUGUGGAUGGGAAUCGUAUUUGGGGAAAGGAUUUGAAAGUGCAACUCCAUCAUGUUGCAUGGUCUCCAGAUGGCAGAACCCUUCUCUUUGGAAUGGCAAAUGGAGAAAUACACAUUUACGACAAGCAUGGGACUUUUAUGAUGAAAAUGAAAAUGAAUUGUUUGGUGAAUGUAACGGGAGCAUUCAGUAUUGCUGGAUUACAUUGGUACCCUGGAACAGAGGGUUAUGUUGAACCAGAUUGUCCAUGCCUUGCGAUUUGUUUCGACAAUGGAAGAUGCCAAAUAAUGAGACAUGAGAAUGAUCAAAAUCCUGUCUUAAUUGAUGCUGCUCUGAAUGUUGUGAGUAUCCAGUGGAACCACUGUGGAAAUGUUCUGGCAGUUGCAGGUUUCCAGAAGGUAGCUGCACAAGAUAAAGAUAUAAAUAUUGUGCAGUUCUACUCUCCAUUUGGUGAGCAUUUGCGUACACUGAAGGUUCCAGGCAAACAAGUAUCAGCUCUGUCUUGGGAAGGAGGAGGUUUAAAAAUAGGUCUGGCUGUUGAUCAGUGUAUUUAUUUUGCAAAUAUUCGGCCAGACUAUAAAUGGGGUUACUGCACUAAUACAGUGGUUUAUGCAUAUACCCGACCUGAUCGUCCAGAAUACUGUGUGGUCUUCUGGGACAUAAAAAACAAUGAAAAGUAUUUGAAAUUUGUCAAGAGUCUGAUCUCCAUAACAACUUGUGGGGACUUCUGCAUUUUGGCAACUAAAGCAGAUGAAAAUCAACUUCAGGAGGAGCAUGAGACUGAAUCUGUGGGUGCAAUGUAUGUACUUGUUCUCUGCAAUUCCAUUGGUACUCCCCUGGAUCCAAAAUAUAUUGACAUUGCACCAUUGUUUGUUACCAUGACCAAAACGCAAGUGAUAGCAGCUUCAAAAGAAGCAUUUUAUAUCUGGCAGUAUCGCGUAGACAAGAAGCUUACAGCAAUGGAAAUUAACCAGGUAGCACGGACUAGAAAAGAAGGCAAAGAGAGGAUCUACCAUGUAGAUGAUAGCCCUUCUGGAGCAGGUGAUGGGGUGCUUGACUAUGCUAAAGUCCUACAAGGAACAAGAGAUCCAAUUUGUGCAAUAACAGCAUCUGAUAAGACACUUAUUAUUGGUCGAGAAUCUGGUACCAUUCAGAGUUACAGGCUGCCCAAUGUUGGCUUAAUUCGGAAGUAUCACCUAAAUUGUCGGCCCUAUCAACUGUCUUUGAAUUGCAGGUCCAGUCGUCUUGCUAUCAUAGACAUGUUAGGAAUGCUCGUUUUCUUUGACUUGGAUGCACGAGUAACAGACGGUUCAGGAUGCCAAGGAAUAGGUGAACAACUCAAACUGGAACGAAGAGACGUUUGGGAUAUGAAAUGGGCCAAAGAUAAUCCAGACUUAUUUGCCAUGAUGGAGAAAACUAGAAUGUAUGUGUUCAGGAACCUGGAUCCUGAGGAACCUAUUCAAACAUCUGGAUACAUUUGCAACUUUGAAGAUUUAGAAAUUAAAUCUGUGUUAUUGGAUGAAAUAUUAAAGAACCCUGAACACCCUAAUAAGGACUACAUAAUUAAUUUUGAAAUUAGAUCACUACGAGAUGCUCAAGCAAUUGUUAAGGAAGCAGGUAUUGUAGAGUCCACCCAGUUCAUUGAAGAAAACUCACAUCCAAGACUUUGGCGUCUAUUGGCUGAAACAGCUCUCCAGAAACUUGAUCUUCAUACUGCUGAGCAAGCAUUUGUGCGCUACAAAAAUUACCAAGGUAUAAAGUUUGUAAAGCGCCUUCUCAACCUACAGAGUGAAUCAUUGAGGCAAGCUGAAGUGGCAGUCUACUUCAGCAAAUUUGAAGAAGCUGAAAGAAUGUAUUUGGAUAUGGACAGAAGGGAUCUUGCAGUUGACUUACGACUCAAACUAGGAAACGGAUUUCGAGUAGUGCAGCUGUUGCAAACAGGCUCAGGACAUGGAGAUGACAGUCUUCUUGAACUAGCACACAAUGAAAUUGGAGACUACUUUGCAGAUAGACAGAAAUGGACAAAUGCUGUUCCAUAUUAUGUACAAGGCAGAAACCAUGAACGUUUGGCUGAAUGUUACUAUAUGCUGGAAGACUAUCAAGCAUUAGAGGAUUUGGCUAACUCACUUCCAGAAAACAACAAGUUGCUUCCAGACAUAGCCCAUAAGUUUGUUACUGUGGGUAUGUGUGAACAAGCUGUAACAGCCUUUCUCAAAUGUAACAGACCAAAGGAUGCAGUAGAUAUCUGUGUAAAUCUCAACCAGUGGAGUAAAGCUGUUGAACUGGCUAAGGAACACAAUAUGAAAGAAAUUGGUUCUCUGCUAGCUAGAUAUGCAUCUCAGUUACUGGAAAAGAACAAACCCCUUGAUGCCGUUGAGUUAUAUCGUAAAGCCAACUAUUUCUUUGAUGCUGCUAAGCUCAUGUUCAAGAUUGCAGAUGAAGAGGCUGGGAAGAGGACCAAACCUUUGCGUGUUAAAAAACUAUAUGUAAUGUCAGCUAUACUCGUGGAACAAUAUCAUGAACAAAUGAAAAAUGCUCAGAGGGGAAAAGUCAAAGGAAAGACUUCAGAGGCUACUUCAGCAUUAGCUGGUUUGCUAGAGGAAGAUGUCCUUUCUUCAGACAGUCGCCUGAUUGAUAAUGCUUGGCGAGGAGCUGAGGCUUACCAUUUUUUUAUACUUGCCCAAAGGCAGCUGUACGAAGGUUACGUAGAUACAGCAAUGAAGACAGCGCUUCAUUUGAGGGAUUAUGAAGACAUUAUUCCUGCAGUAGAGAUCUAUUCCUUAUUGGCUCUCUGUGCUUGUGCCAAUAGAGCAUUUGGUACCUGUUCAAAAGCUUUCGUUAAACUGGAAUCCUUAGAAAAUCUUGUCCAAGACCAGAAGCAGCAGUACGAAGAACUUGCCCUCCACAUAUUCACUAAACACUAUCCGAAAGAUAACAAAAAGUCAGAGCUGGAUGGUCUUCUUGAAGAGGGAGAAGGGAAGCUUCCAACAUGUGUUGCUACAGGAAGGCCCAUCACCGAGUAUCAGUUCUGGAUGUGCAGUGUAUGCAAGCACUGCGUGCAAGCCCAAGAAAUCAGCAACUUCAACUACUGCCCUCUCUGCCACAGCUCAGUGGCCUACUAAUCAAUAGGG